CCGUUAGGAAGUGAAUUGAAACAGUGUGUGUGUGAAAAGGACCGUCAAUAGCUUGUAUGAUAAAAAGUGCAAAUGAAAUUCAAAAUUUCCUCAAUCCAAACUACGAACAGCGUGAAUUCCGUUUGAACAGUUAGUGACGUCAAUUAGUGCUUGGCUAUUGAUCAUUGAUCUUCAAAGAGAAAUCUACCGGACUCGGGCCAUAUCGAAGUAACUUCAGCGGUCAAGAACAGAGUUGUCCAAUGUUCGACAAAGAGACGGGUGAGCUGGAGCUUGGUGCUUUCCAAGACGGCGGUCUGUACUAUGACCGGGAAACGGGUGAAAGCAGUGACCAUCCUGCGUUGGUGGUACGGCGGGAACGCUCAAAGUUCAGCAUUCCGAAGCAAUACCUGAGAAGCUACGAGCAAAGCAAUAUCCGCAAGAAGUGCUGUGUAUCGAAAGUCAACAGCAGUUACCCGCUGGCUAGUCGGGAAAAGAUGAUGCACUUGAAGGAGGAAAUUAUCCUCGGCUAUAACAAAACCAGUUAUCUGCUUCUGUUGAUUCCACCGCUCUUUAUCAUGCCCAAAUUGGCACUACUGAUCCUGCUUACCGAAGUGGCGCUGCACAAGUGGGCCCACAAGAAGAAUGCCUGCAACCGAAAUCCGGAAUUCUACUAUCGAACUCCAUUGCAUAUUGUGUCGAGCCAGUUUUGCGGAAUCUGCCGUCACGAAUGUCAGAUGGAUCGGAUCGUUAAACUAAAUGACAAGCGGAUGAAGCAGAUGCAAAACUAUUUCCAAAGAGUAACGAGAACAAUUGCUUAGAUAAAAUCGGGGUCGAUAAGGAAAAUUGUUUGAAUAAAGAUUGCAUCACCAUUCAA